CGUGCAGGCUGUGCUUUCGCUGCUGUGAGGAGGUGUUUUCUACUGCAAUGACUACUUCAAUGUCAACGAGACCCUUCAGUUUUAACUUUGAUGUAGUCAAGGUGUGAUCCCUGCCUCUCCUCCCCAGCCUGGUGCCAUGGCCGACACGAUUUUUGGCAGCGGGACAGGCCAGUGGGUGUGCCCCAACGACCGGCAGCUGGCACUGCGUGCCAAGCUUCAGACGGGCUGGUCGGUGCACACGUUCCAGACUGAGAAGCAGAGGAAGAUGCAGGCUCUGAGCCCGCAGGAACUUGAGGUCAUUCUGGAAGUCAUCCGCAAGGCGGAGAAAUUGGACAUCAUUGAGCAGCAGCGCAUCGGGCGCCUGGUGGAGCGGCUGGAGAACAUGAGAAAGAACGCCAUGGGGAACGGCCUCUCGCAGUGUCUGCUCUGCGGUGAACUGCUUGGGCUGCUGGGUAGCACGUCGGUCUUUUGUCAGGAUUGCAAAAAGAAAGUUUGCACCAAGUGCGGAAUAGAAACCUUUGGAGCCCAGAAACGUCCUCUUUGGUUGUGCAAGAUCUGCAGUGAACAGAGAGAGGUUUGGAAGAGGUCUGGUGCAUGGUUCUACAAAGGGCUGCCCAAGUACAUCACGCCUUUGAAGAGCAGCAGCAAAUCCAGUGAGCUGCGCUCGCAGCCUUGGCAAAGUGAGCCAGCCGUGCCGGAGGCAGAGAGCGUCGGGACCAGCCGAUCCUUCACCUGGGCCAGGGGAAAAGUGGUUUCUAGUGACAGUGAGAGCGACUCGGAGUUCAGUUCCUCCAGCCUGGAUGACAAGCCCUUACCUGCGGGGUCAAAAGGCUCACAAGGCAGAAAGCACCGAGUAGGACUGGCACCAAUCGGGGAACCCAGCCAGGCCAUGGGCAGGGUGCUGGGGAGCACCCACUCCCCUACCCUCUCGGGGAGCCGCGGCAGCCUGGGCAGUGAGCAGGGGGCUGCCCUCAGUGCCACGGAGAGCUGCCAGAGCGGCCAGCCGGCGGAUGGGCGCGACAGCGGUGUUGGCAGCAGAGUCCCUGGCAAACGCUGCGUCCACACCAGAACGCGAUGCUGACAGAGGUGAAGAUGGAGCUGCUUUGCCUGGAUCCAACGCUUGUCCCUUGCCCACUCCUGUAGACCUCAUUCCAGACGACUGCCUGCCAGUGGUGACUUUAUGACGCCUUGCACAGGCGUUAGCAACAUAAUGGCACCUGGGAAAGCAUCUGCCUGUCCUCCCUGCCUCACUGACCUGGUUUAUGGUUUGGUCUGGUUUCCCCUUCUGCUGACUGACAUGCAUUUUGGGGUGCUGCUCGGAGAGGGGUGCCAUGCUGUGCGGUGCUGCCAUGGGGUCCAGACCUGUGUUUGUUGGAAGGGGCACACAAAGUGCUCAGUGGAGCUGAAGAAAUGUGUGCCGCCUCCGCUGUUCCUGGCUUGCCAAGCCCAGCCCUGGGUUCAGCUCCUGGCCUCGCAGUCCUGGCUUUAAAGUCUUCAGGAGAAAGGGAAAUUCACCCCUGUGUCCCUGAAAUGGGGUGUGAGGAGACCGCAGCCCUUUUACUGCUUCUCAGCCCAGGGGUGAAUUUCCCUCUGCGAACCCCAAGGGUGAGACCGGGGCUCCGAUUUGCACGUGACUCCCAUGAGCCCAGGGUGUCACCCGUUGUGUUUCUUGUCGUCGUUUUUCUGGUUUGAGUUGGUAUGAGUUUGGUGGGGGCAUCCUGAAUCAGCUGGUGAAGUUGUGCUCCCAUUCACUUCCACUGAGGUCUCUCUCUGUGAUAGGGCUGCUCAGGGAGACGCUUCAGUGAGUAAAGAAACACUUGAAGAAGUUUGCUAGGAAUUUUUCGGUCCUCCUGGCUGUGCGCUGGCCUGUGUGUCCUGUGGUGAGGGUGAUGCUUUGGCAGUGGGAUCAUGGGCAGUGUGUGUGUGCGUGCUGCAGCUCCUGGUGGGAGAACGCCCACCACGGCCCAGCUGGCUGCCUUUGUGUACCCAAAUUGGAUAAAAGCUUUCAAAUUACUUUAUCUUGUUAAGCUCUGCAGAUUCUCCUCCCACAUGUGCACCUUGUCGGCUCUUGCAUGAGCAGGGGCCUUUGUUUUACUUUUUUCCUGUAAGUCUUGAGCAUCUGGCUGACUGCAAUGGUGUCAUCACUAGUCAGGCUGUAGAAAGCUGCACACCCCGGUUGUGCUUAUUCUCUGGGAUGGACAAUUUCCCUCCAAGGCCUGACAGAUGAGAAAAAUGAAAUUACCUGACAUCUCUAGAGCAAUUAGAUCUUUGAAGGCCUGAACAAAACCCCCACUAGGCAAGUAGGAGUCUGUGGAUUUUAUUAAAUGCUUUGGAUCUGACCCAUCUUUUGCUGAAGAAACAAAGGAUUCCAAAAAGUUCCCUCUGAAAUCAUGGAUUUAAAGGCAAUUUGUGCCUGUUAAUGUCAGCCUUUUCCCUUGGUUAUUACUCUGUUGUUCUGUUCUCCUUUGCUGCUGGGCCCUUUGUGCACAUGUAGUAUAUGCUCUUACAAAUGGCUGCAGUAUGAAGAUAAAUGAGAUUGGGUGCUGGAACACUCUAACAGGAGAUCGGAAAUCAAUCCUUGACUUUCUUUCUAAAUGAACAUAGUCCAACAGAGGACCAUUCCCUUACUGCUUUUCCAGCUAACACCCUAUGGCAGGUUGCUGGGAAAAUCCUUCCAGUUCUUCCUCUGUGAUCUGUUUCUGCCCUUUUAAAAAUGAAAACAGAACCUUUGGAUGAUGUGGGCUCUUUGAGAUGACAUAAAGAGAAACCACUGAACGUGGGCUUCACAACAUCGGUGUUGAAGAGAGCAAGGGAUGAGGUUGUUCUCCACUGAGGGAUGCUUUAUGUCGUGGUCUGUGUUGUUUAAACCUGGCCAUUGAGCCUUGACCAGCUGCAUCUCUGAAAGGGAUAAUGCCAAAAUUAUUAGCUGCUUCUGAAAAAGUAAAUCCAAAAGUCAGCUUUUGCUGAAAUGCCGGUAUGAUUUCAGAGCUGAAGUCAUGCUGUUUCGUCUGAGAGCUGUAGAGUCUUCAGUUUCAGAAGUGUUUUGCCACGAAAAAAGUCCUGUCUUCCCUUGGAGCUUUUGACAGUCCUACUGAGACUGUCUUGCUUGCACUCUCAUUACUGCAGUGCCUCAGACAGCCUAGCCUGCCAGCCUAAGUUAAUUCUAUAGAAGAAGGAGAAAGAAAAAGACACUUAAAAAUUGACUCCAUUUUUUUUAAACCUGUUACUUCUUCAUCAAGAACUCUACACCGAGUUGGAAAGAGUUUUUAAAAUUGAGCAUGUCACUUCUAACACUUCUUGUGUUUCCUGUGCUUCAUUCCUGGGCAGUGCAGGCAGGUCAGUCGUGUUUUCACCCCCACUCUCACUUCCCACGGCCGUUUACCACACUGUGGGUUGCCAGCUCUGCACAGGAACCUAGUAAUCCUUGCUGGCUUACUGUGCCGCUUUGAGGCAUGAGUUUGAUUUUUAACUGAGACUUGGUUUUAUAAAACACUCUCAGAGAUAAAUUUGGGACUGCUCUUGUACCAGUGAGACUGGAAACCUUUCUUUCCUACCUCUAUAUUUUACCUCCAUGGAGGAGUUCCACCUGAGUUCAAACCAGAACUGUUCAGUCAUCUAUGGAAAGACUCCUCUUGGGUCGAGGGAAGGAUCUGGCCCAGGAGAAUGUGAUCUAGCCACAUUUGAAUGUGAUAAAGGAACAUCUGCAGCUCUGUGCACAUAUUUACUAUUAAAGACUACUUUUCCCUUUGUUGCGUCUCUCUUGGUUGUGUUUUGUAGCUUUUGUUGGAAUAUUGUCGUAAUCAUGUACCAGUUGGCUGUCUUUUGAGUUGGCUCAAGGUGGGCAAGAAGGGCUCAGUGAAUAGUGCUCAGUCUGCUCUGGUCGUUUGUGUUUCUUUUAUUAUUUUGUUGUUCUCGUCUCCAUCCCUUACAACUUUUAUGUAGUGUUUUACUACUGGAAACAAUAAAGCUUUGGCUCAGUAACAA